CCAGCAUGUUUUGGUCAGUUUUCUUCUAUAAGAUAAUAUUCUUUAUUCCACAAAUGGAUAUAAAACGUUCCGUAUAGAAAACACAAUCUCAUGCAAAAAGGGGGUGCAUCACCCUAUUUGUUGGGUAUAAGCCAUUUUCCAGCGUUAAAAUGUCUCGUUUCACGAAAAGGCUUGAAGUGUAUGCUUUUAUCUGCUGCUGUUGGUGGUGCAGUCAUUAGUGUUUUGUACUAUUGGUUCAAGUCCAGUAGCUCUUCGAAAGCUUCUACUCUUCAUUCAGAGGUCGUUGGUGAUUUGGAUGAUCUCGAUGUACUUGAUACAAAUGUUGCCGAUUACUACUCUCAAACAAAGCUAUCGAGUAUUCGAAGCGCGAGAUCGGUUUUCUCUAGAACUUCAAAUCUCAGUGAAAACCGCCUGACACUGUCAAGGUCUAGAAAAUCUUCACUUCCAUGUACGGCAAACGAUUCAGAUGUAGAUGGCUCGUGUUCGGGUUAG